AUGGCACCGAGAACCCCAGUCAUUCGUUUCCUUUCCUUUUUCCUUUUUGCGUUUGUUGCACUCUUGUGCAUCUACCAUGGCACCCAGUCUGAUCGUAUCCGCCUUCCCACUCAUUCUAAGCGCUCAGUGCUCGAUGAUGCGACCAUUCAGCCCCGGCUGGAGCUUGGUACUGAGCUUCAUCUCCUAUCAAAGCGUGCCGCUCCUAAGAACAGGGCCGAGGCACUCGAGAAAGGCAGAGGAUAUAUGUGCCAGUUAGAGGAUAUAGAACCAAUCGAUUUACCUUCCGAGCUCACGGAUUUUAAAACGUUCAACAAUGAUUGGUCCCCACGAUCUUACGGAGUGAGCAACGGCAACCCUACUGAGACAGGAUCAAAAAUUCCAGUGGCAAUGGCCGCAAAAGGCCUGCCCAUUAAUAUAGGAGAUCGAGGUCUGAAGGGGUUGAUCUAUCAUCAGGAUCAGCCAUAUAAAGUUGGUAACUUAAACUAUAUGGCUACAGGUGGCUUCUACAUGGCCACUAUAAGCACCAAGGCGGGCUACAUCUCCGCAGAAGACAAUAUAAGUCCAGCCCACAUAAUUGCUGAGGAUAGAAGGACAGACCCCUCUCCAACUAUAUCUAGACUAUCAGAUGUUUACUUUUUACUCUGGAAGGAAGUGGCGGGCAAGUCGGAGGCCGAAUUAAAAAAUAUCAAAUAUUUUAUCCGCCACCAUGUGAUCAACGACGCCUCCUUGGAUGUUGCUCUGGAGGUGGCCAGUGGAAAACCUCUUCCACCCAGAAAGAAAGAUGAGCCUAGGGACACGAGCAUGGUGGAAGAAUGGCCGGGUAAAUCCUAUGACAUGUCCACUGAUGAUGGUAAGGCGAUUCUGGGAACUCCCAAUGGUGCCGGUGUAGCCCGUUUCCUCAUGGACCACAAGCCAGAAUUGGGAGUGAAGGCCCCCAGCAAGGUGACGCUAUUCAAGACCACUGGCCACACAAAUGCCAAAACCAACCAGCCAGAGGACUGGGUCCAUUUUCUAUUCGAAAUCAGCCCUGUUCAUAAGAAGAAGCGGAGAGGAAGGAAGUAA